AUGGAUAACAACGCACCAAAGGCUGGAGCAUCCCGGGGUGGUUUUGGCAGCCUUUUCGGAGGCUCAUCACCCGAGUAUUCAAACAGUGAACUCGCCGGGGUACCGCUAACAGGGAUGAGCCCCCUGUCACCGUACCUGAAUGUUGAUCCCAGAUACCUUACACAAGACAGUGACGAGUUCAUCCUGCCCACCGGAGCCAGCAACACCCGUGGCCGCUUUGAGCUGGCUUUCUUCACUAUCGGGGGCAGCUGUAUCACAGGUGCCACUUUCGGGGCGUUGAAUGGACUGAGGAUGGGUUUGGUGGAGACCCGCGACAUGGCCUGGUCCAAGCCCCGCAAUGUACAGAUCCUGAACCUGGUCACUCGGCAGGGAGCCAUGUGGGCAAACACGCUUGGCUCUUUAGCCCUGCUGUACAGUGCAUUUGGGGUGGUGAUCGAGAAGGCGCGGGGGGCCGAGGAUGACCUCAACACGGUGGCUGCAGGGACACUCACAGGCAUGCUGUACAAAUCCACAGGUGGGCUGCGUGGGGCAGCCCGUGGCGGCCUGGCGGGCCUGGCCAUGUCGGGACUCUACGCCCUCUACAACAACUGGGACCAUCUCCGGGGGAGCACCCCAAGCCGCUACUGAGCUCCGCCCCCCGAUGGCCGACGAUGGGUGGCCUGGGUACACGAGCACGUCACUCGGCCUGAUGUAACCCCCCCGGGACGGACUCGGGCGGCAUCUGCUCGCAGAGGGCCGCUGGCUCGCUCACUCUCUCAAUCACUUCGCUGCAUCGUUACUUCAACAGGGAAUGACAAGAACUGGACCUCCUGUUGCGUGUUAGUCUGUAAUUUACCAGAAGUUCUGCAUCCACCACAUGACUGGAUAGGCCUUUGACUGUGUACUUCUGAGUGGGGGGGGUAUCCUGUCUUUAUUAUUAACCUUAUUUUGUGUUCUUAAUUUUGAGCCAUUCUGCUCUUUUGUGGGGAAGUAAAUUAAUGUUUUGAUUGCCGAAGAAACUGAGAGGGUCUUCCUCGCCUUUCUUCCCAUGUUACCAUGGAUUACCAUGUGGAUAGUGCGGUGUCACAUUCGCGGGUGGCCCCUUCUCAUAGUCAAUAUUGUGGGUGUUUAAUUCUCAGGCUAUUCAGAAGCAUCCUGCCGUCACAUGAAUUGACUUGGAAAGAACGUUGUGAAAUGAAAGGUUUAGGUAAAACCCAGUGGGCUGCAGGUCUUGAGUAAUUUUCCCACAAUCCCUCAGCUGUGGCACCACUCCAUGCUCAUGAGGCCCAUGUGACGGCUUUGUGGAGUCACAGGGUCUCCAUUUAUUGGACAGGUCUGGUGUGACACGUCUGUCAGGACGUAGGAAGCAGCUCAUAUCCUGACUGUAUAUGUAUAUAAGGGUAAUUUACUGUCUGUGCCAACUGUGAAUGCAGUCAUUUAAGAGCAGCACCAUUCCACACAUGGGUGAAAUAGACUAACACCAAUAAAAUACAACUGUGCACGGAACAUACCUAUGAAAAAUAUCGGUGUGUAAUUUUCUUUGUGAAACUUAACCCAAUUAGCGAAAAUUGCUUAAAUAUCAAAGAAAUGUAUCACGUGCAAAUGUUCAAAGAUAAUGAACCGGAUUUGAAAAGCAAGCUAAAUUAAGCAUAGUCUAUAGUG